AUGGUAACCGAUCCGGUCUUUCAAAGGCAUCGCGCAGUGCUAUCUUGUACCAGAUGUCGUGGCCGAAAGAAGAAGUGUAAUCGCAUGUUGCCUUGCAAUAAUUGCUUCCGACAAGGUGUAGAGUGUAAUUACUCUCACCGCAACGAGAGCCACCUCUUUAGACACGAAAAGCGGUUCCAUGAAUUGCCACCUUUGACAGCCGCGGCUGACAAAGAUGAUGAGGCCACGAGCCAUGGCCCUGUGCAGAAGCAUAAAGUGGGUGAUCUUGGAAAUCUUGUAUCCUACCUAUGUAUUAUGAUUGUUGGCUUACAACAGUACGAUAGGACCUAUGGAUGUCAUGGUCGUCUGACCUCUUUACGGUCUCAAUACUGCACAACUCGCCCGCGAGCUAUUGAUCCCUCAUUCCUAUAUCCUGAACUUCUGCGAAAUGACUCUGUGAAGUUUUCUCUCAUUUAUCUUGGCGCACGCAUGUACGCGGCCCAGCUUGGAUGCACAAGGGGGAAGCUCCCCUCUGGCUCUUGUCUCCAAUUCAAGGUUGCUGCCAUAGAAAAUAUCCGGCAAGCCGUAGAGGGCCGUGCAAUUAUAUCUGAAGCUGAUAUCCUUGCUGUUCUAUUCAUGACUAUGAGCUACAACAAGCAUCUCGACAACCACAGUGAGUGGACCGCUCAUAUGGACGGUAUUAAGAAGAUGAUUUCUCUUCGCGGAGGUUGUGAUAACGGACAACAUGGUGAGCUCAUUAGGGAUCUUUACGCGUGGUGUAUGGAAUACGGCACGUCAUCGUCGCUUUGCGCCAGCUUUGCACAGGAUAUCUAG